AUGUACAACGUUUGGGCUUGUGGGUCCAAUGGCAAUUGUCAGCUAGGACUAGAGGACGAUAAGGACCGCGACCAGUUGGAGAAGGUGAAUUUCCGCACACCUCAAGGUUUUUCUAGGGCUCUGGAUGAAAAGCCUGUCAAGAUUGCCUGUGGUGGUAAUCACACGCUGAUUUUGAUGCACGACGGGUCGGUCUACGGGUGUGGAUCGAACGAGAGCGGCCAGAUAUCCAGCUCUCAAUUGCAAGCUGGCGUAUUCGAGAAGCUCGAAAUGCCCUACAUAAUAAAGGACGUGGUUGCAACAUGGGAGUCGUCUGUAUUUGUGACCCAGCAGGACCAAAUCUACGUUUGCGGCAAGGGCUUGAGUGGAGAGCUGGGUUUAGGGAAGUCCUGCACACAAGCUGGUCUUACGAAACUCGAUUUACCAGAGACAGGGCGAAUAGUGAAAAUCGAGUCUUCUUUACACAACGUCGUUGUCGAACUGGAAAACGGAACGCUGAUUGGGUUCGGUAACAACAAGAAAGGUCAGUUACUGGAAGGCGGCGCAAAACUCGUGUGGACUCCAACAAAACUGCCAACUAAAGCACGUCAGUUUUCGCUGGCUCGAGAUUUUGCAGUGUAUCUCAACGACUCGCUAAAAAUUCAAGGAAAAGACCAGUUCCAAAUCGCCAGUACAGCUCAACAGCUGGAUGUAAAAGAGGUCCAACAGAUCAGGACCAUGUGGUCGUCGGUUCAUCUUAUCACCAACACUGCUUUGAUGUCGAUCGGAAACAACUCUCACGGCCAGCACUUCCCUGGCUUCGACUCUUCGACCACCAUCUCCUCCCCAACAUACGCUAUAGGCAGCGAACAUGGCCUGGUUGCAUCGGACUCGAAAGUCUUUGCCUGGGGCUGGGGAGAACACGGAAACUGUGGACGUCACCGAGGUUCCCUGUCAGGAGUGACGUUCGACUAUCUAAACCAGAUAUACAGCGAACCACAGCCUGUGGUAGAAGUGUUUGCCGGGUGUGCUACUUCGUGGGUGAUUACAAGAUCUACUUGUUGA